UCGGGAUAGUGAACCUACAGCGGCGGCACAGGGUACUAAGAGAGGCGGGCUGCUGCCAGACUCUCUUGCGCCAUAGCGGUCCCCCGACUCAAGAUGGCCUCUAACUACUUAUGCCGCAUACAGUAGUCCACUUUUAUAUAACUAGCCUUGUAAAUGUGAUAUCUAUGGUUCUCCCCGAUGCGAGCCGUGGUGCGUCUUGAUGACGUAGUUGGUGACCACACGCUCUUGCGGGCACCCGUAGCCACGGAGAUGGCUACUGUAACGGAGGGCUGUAGUGGAAAUGGUGGCGGGUCUACGGUGCAGUCCUGGUUGUUGUUCUCUGUCUUAAUGUUGGCCACGUCCCCGCUGCCAGUAGCCUGGGCGCUGGUGGAGGGUCUCUACUGCGGAACGGAGGUCUGCUAUGACGUUUUGGGAGUUACACGAGAGGCCUCCAAGGCAGAGAUUGCUCGGGCGUACCGGCAGCUUGCACGCCGCUACCAUCCGGACCGCUUCAGGCCUGGCGAUCAGGGUUCGGAGGGAGAGACUCUGGAGUCUUUCCAGCAAAAGUUUUUGCUCGUUGCCACCGCCUACGAGACGUUGAAGGAUGAGGACAGCCGUAGGGAUUAUGACUACAUGUUAGACCACCCUGAGGAGUACUACCAGCACUACUACACCUACUACCGUAGACGGCUUACCCCCAAAGUGGACGUCAGGAUAGUAAUCCUCGUCACCAUAUGUGCCAUCUCUAUCUUCCAGUAUUACAGUUGGCACAGCAGCUACAACGAGGCCAUCAACUGCCUGGCGAAUGUCCCUAAAUACCGCAUCCAGGCCACCAUUAUAGCCAAGGAGCAGGGCCUCCUGAACCGCACCAAGGAGAAGGGCAAGAACCGGCGCUCCAAAGAAGAGAUACGGGAACAGGAGGAGGAAGUGAUUCGUGACAUUAUCAAAACAAAGAUCGACAUCAAAGGUGGCUACCAGAAACCCAACCUGUCGGACAUCCUGCUGUGUCAAAUACUGCUGUUCCCCUGUUACUUGAUAAGCUACGUGGCCUGGUAUGUUUCCUGGGUAUACCACUUCACCAUCUGCAGAGAGGAGUACGGCGACCAGGAGAAGCUUUACAUCAUCAGGAGAUACAUGAAGAUAUCUCAGUCUCAAUUUGAUAGUAUGGAUGAACUCACCAGGCAGUCCUUCUUGGAAAAACAGCUCUGGAUUAAAGAAAACUACGAGCUGUACAAAGCAGAGCAGGAAGAAGAGAUGAAGGCGAAAAUGGCAACCGACCCAAAGAUGAAAAGGUACAGACGCUGGAGGAAAAACGAAGGACCCGGACGGUUAACCUUCAUCGACGAUUGACAGCCAAAGUUGUGACCUGCGCACGUGCCUCAAUGCCAAGUACAUACAUGGAUCACAUGCAAGUGACAUGUUUGGACAUACAUGCAGAACUGCUAUUUUUGUAAGAAAUAUUUUCAUAGAAAGAGGACAACUAAGCGGAAUAAACUGCCAGCUGCAGAGGAAAUGUUUACAUUCUCUUUCACUACAAUUAAUUUAAGUGUUUGUCAAGUGUUUCAUUCGUUGGAUUAUUUUUAUUGUUCAAAGCACACAUCAGGUUUCUUGGCGUGACCCAAAUAUAGAAAAAAACGGUGUGUCAUGUUUUUUCAUGUGGCUGUUUUCGCAAAGUUGCUCAAAACAUACUUUAGGCCAGGAAGCACCAGGCUAAACCUUCCAAAAAUGUGUCAGGACUUUGUCUUCGCCUUAAACAUGUCAGAAAUAAUUUACUUUGAUAUUCAAAAAAUAUGUUCAGGUCUGAUGCUUUUUACAAAAAUUCAGUUGCUCACAGAAUAACCUUUAGACCAAACAAGCAUGCAUUGGAACUCUUGGUAUGGCCCAAACAUACCACUAACCUCGACAAAAGGACACUUUUUUUAAAGGGUAUUUUGUGACAUUUUUUGUGGUCGGAGCUUAUGCCCUUUUUUAAAAAAAAAUAAUAAAUAAACAAUCAAAGUUGCUCAAAAAGAACAUUCAGGUGAGCUCGGGGAAGACAUCCAAGCAUGCAUCAGAAGACUACAGUCCAGAUAUGUUUAAAAA